AUGAUGAUGAUGAUGAAGAGAAGAAGAGCUUCUUCUGCGAUGAUUGUUUCCAUCGCUCAGUCUCAGGCAGCAGCUGCUUCGUUAGGUACUGCUGCUACAGUUAGUUGUACUGCUCUUGCUUCAUUUCUCUCUGCAUUCCCAAACCCUAAACCCCAAUUAGCCUUUUAUUCUACCAGUAGCAGUGAAUUUAGAUCGUCUUCUGGAAAAGCUCUGAAAUUUCAAUCAGGGUUGAGGAAUUAUAUUAGUAAUAUCAACAGCAUUGAUGAUGCUCUGCGCUUAUACCAGCAGAUGGUCCGAAUGAGGCCUCUGCCUUCUGUUAUUCAUUUCAAUCAACUGCUGAACCGUAUUGUUAAGACGACUAAGCAUUAUUGUUCCGUUAUUUACCUGUUUAGAGACAUGUGCGUCAAGGGCAUUCUAGUUGAUGACUACACCCUCAGUGUUGUGACUAAUUGUUACUGUCUCGUGGGCCGAGUGGAUUUGGGGUUUUCCAUAUUGGGUGGCUUCUUCAAGCGUGGUCUUCUGCCCGAUGUAGUCAUCUUUAGCACUUUACUUAAGGGACUUUUUCGAGAACAGAAGGUUCCUCAGGCACAAGAAUUGUUCAAAAAAAUAAUAUAUGACAAAGUUUGCGAGCCCAAUGAAGUUAUGUUCGGGGUUGUAAUAGAUGGCCUGUGUAAGGUGGGAAACACUCAAACUGCCAUUGACUUUCUCAGAGCAAUGGAAAAAGGACGAAGAUUUUCUAAACCUAAUACAGUUGUGUACAACACUAUCAUUGACAGCUUGUGCAAGGAAAAAAUGGUCGAUGAAGCUCUUGCCCUCUUCCAGGAGAUGAUUGAAAAGAGCAUACCCCCAAAUGUUGUCACUUACAAUUCUUUGAUUCAGGGUUUGUGCAAUUUAAGCAAAUGGAAGGAGGUUAAAGAGCUCUUCUCUGAGAUGAAGGAUUAUAAAAUUGUUCCAGAUGUCUAUACUUUUAGUAUAGUGGUAAAUGCACUGUGCAAGGAAGGACAUAUAGAAGAUGCUGAACAGGUAGUAGGUGUCAUGAUUCAACAAGGUCAGAAUCCCGACCCUGUCAUCUACAAUCCCUUAAUGGAUGGAUACUGUUUACAGCGCCGAAUAGAUGAAGCAAAGAGAGUUUUUGAUACAAUGGUUGCUGGCAGCCUUACUCCUACUUUCCGUAGCUACGCUAUUCUACUAAAUGCCUAUUUCAAGAACAAGAAUGUGGAAGCAGCCAUGAAUCUCUUCCGAGAGAUUCGACAUAAAGGUUUAACUCCUGAUAUCGUUGUUUAUAACACUGUUCUGCAGGGGUUAUUUAGUGCAGGAAGGUACCUUAGUGCACGAAAAUUUUUUGAUGAGAUGCAAGCUGCUGGCAUGAAGCCUGAUUUUUACACUUACUGUGUGGUGUUGGAUGGAUUAUGCAAGGCUAGACAUGUCGACGAAGCAUUGCAAUUAUUCCACACAAUGGAAGCAGACGGAAUAGAUCUUUGUAUAAGAGUGUACAAUAUCAUCCUUGAUGGGUUGUACAAAAGCAGGAGGCUCGAUAGUGCUCGAGAUCUUUUCAUUAAGCUCUCCCACAAAGGAUUGGACCCUGAUGUCAUAACAUACACCAUAAUGGUUGCUGGCCUGCUUUCAGAAAGUUUCAUCACCGAAGCUAAAGAGCUAUUGGAGAAAAUGGAAGAGAGUGGUUGCCAGGCAGAUAGUGUUAUGUACAAUGUAAUUCUGCAGGAACUCCUUAAAGGAGGCCAUUUUGAUGACGUAAUAGUCUAUCAUGAAGAAAUGGUUGAAAGAGGUUUCUUGAUGGAUUCAACUACUUUUUCCAUUUUACUUGAUUCAUCUGCUGGAAAACAGAACAAUCCUUCUCUACUUAUGUCGAUGCUGAAGAUUGAUCCAGACAGCUUGAAGUUCAAGGAUGCGGGAGAUAGAGGACCUUCACUUUAG